CUGUACAGCAUAUCAUAUCGUGUGAUUGCCACUAUCAUGGAGAAUAUUAGAUUAUUUGUUCUUCUGAUCUGCCUUAACGGUAUUUUAUUGUCUGACGGUUUUUGCAGGAGACGUACAGCAUAUGCACCAUCCUGGAGUAGUUGGUUGAGCUGGAGUGGCUGCAGUAAGAUAUGUGGUCCGCAUGGAGUAAUGUCAAGAUUUCGCGAACAAGUUUCUGGUAGUACGUGCAAAAGAGAGGAAGAUGUAUCCGGCUGCAACCAAUUUUGCUACAAUGGCGGUGAAAUGAUAGACAACGUAUGCAAUUGUCCUGGUCUGUACGGUGGUGAGUGCUGCAGCUCAGCCUGUGCAGCCAUCGAUAACUGUGAAGACGUACAGUGUACGACAAACAUUAAUCAGUACUGCUUGAAAUGUGAAUAUGAUCGUGGUGAGGGAAGGAGAGCCUACGAACCAGUAGAUUUUAAUGGGAUUAUGAACAGAAUUUGUGAAAAGAGAUGCUCAUGGCGGCCAGACAGUAAAUUCUGUUACCCUGGAAUCUGUACAGGAGAACCGUCCACAUCAUGUGUGUGUGCGAAUGGUUUUAGUGGAGACAACUGUCUACAGAUUGAUGAACCAGCAACAGUUGAAAGUUGUACAGUGACAUUUCAACGACCAGACUAUGCACCACAAGAAGUGAUCUGUGAUGAACAAAACGUAGUUUACUGCAGAUUGAAAGCAGAAGAGUUCACAGUAGAUUUGACGGUCGGUUUCACCCCGAGCGAUCUACCACCCCCACCGUAUUACGUAAACGAAGCUGUUUUUGGAAUUAUAGAAGCUACUAUAGAAUGGACUCUAAAGAGCGGUUCAACUCAUACUGGGCAGUAUAAUUGUUUUGUUGCGAACAGUGCUAUUGAUGUCCCAGCGAGCAAAUUACCAUCUCGACACUGUAUAAAUAAUUUUGAUAUCUCUUCUUACAACGUCCGAGAAGGAGACGAGUUAACCCUUUCACUACGUUCGAAGAUUUCAGGAUAUAUAAAACUUAACAACUACGACGAUGAGAAUUCAGUUACCGUUGGACCUCCCAUACUUUACUCUUCACAUGAUACAGUCAAUGAAACAAAGAUUAUAUUUGAUUUUACCAAACCAGUGCAUUGUAUAUCGACUGAAAUGCCAUGUUUGGCCGCAGUCAUGGAUAUUGGAAGUCAUUACAUAAGACAUAAUCGUGUGACCGUAACUUGGAUGCCCAAUGACUGGAGGGACAGCACCUCUGGAAUCAAUCACUACAACUACAUUUCGAUUGAUAGUAAAUUCAAACUCAGAUAAUGAUGAACUCGAUGUGACCUCUUCCACUGCCCAUGCGUCAAAGUAUGACCUUCCAUCCUCCGCAUCUCAGGCUAUACUUGCUAUGCCAGAAGAGGGGAUAUACUCGAUUCUUCUAUCUGUAUUUGAUGGAGCUGGUAACUCGGAAAGAGUGCGAAAAUACCUGAUAUAUGAUAAGAACAGCAGUGUCAAAAUCGAUUCCAGCAAGCCAAUAACUGC